CUCAGUUCAAACUGUGCAGAAGAGGAAGAAGAGGGCCGAGAGGUCCUUCAAGCGGUUCUGUUGGACUUUGGCGCUGCGCAGAGACUGGACAGCCGGGAUCAAUCCGUGCGUAAAGUUUGAAAUAUUCAUCUGAGGCGAACCGUGGAGCGCAAAGAGUUUCUCUGAACGGGAGGAUGUCAACUUCAGACGACACAGACGGGCCGCGGCCGAGAUAUGGCUCCGUCCUGGAUGGCAUGGAGCGGCUCACGGCGGAGGAGAUGGAUGAGCGCCGGCAGCAGAACAUGGCCUACGAAUAUCUGUGUCACCUGGAGGAAGCCAAAAGAUGGAUGGAGGCCUGCCUGGAUGAGGAGUUGCCCCCAACGACGGAGCUGGAGGAGGGCUUGAGAAACGGGGUCUAUCUGGCCAAACUGGGCAACUUCUUCGCUCCGAAGACGGUUUCCCUGAAAAAGAUCUAUGACCGUGAGCAGACGCGGUACAAGGCGACGGGUCUGCAUUUCAGGCACACAGACAAUGUCAUCCAGUGGCUCAACGCCAUGGCAGAGAAGGGACUGCCAAAGAUCUUCUACCCUGAAACCACAGACAUAUACGACCGAAAGAACAUGCCGCGGUGCAUCUACUGCAUCCACGCGCUCAGUCUCUACUUGUUCAAGCUGGGUUUGGCCCCGCAGAUCCAGGACCUUUAUGGAAAAGUCGAUUUCACCCAGGAGGAAAUCAACAACAUGAAGAACGAGCUGGAGAAGUAUGGGAUCCAGAUGCCCGCCUUCAGCAAGAUAGGAGGGAUCCUGGCCAACGAGCUGUCAGUGGAUGAAGCUGCAUUGCACGCUGCCGUGAUCGCCAUCAACGAGGCCAUCGACCAUGGAGUCCCAGAGGGCACCCUGGCUGCCAUGCAGAACCCCAACGCCAUGCUCCUCAACCUGGACACAAAGUCGGCCCAGACGUACCACGACACGCUUUACCGAGCAAAGGGGGAGAAGGUGGCCAGCUCACGAAAACGGCAACUGGAGAACGCAGAAGCGGAGCAAGACGUCUACGACGAGCUUCUCACUCAGGCUGAAAUCCAGGGCAACAUCAACACGGUCAACGUGAGCAACGCCCUGAGUGCAGCUGAGCAGGCUCUGAUGGGUGGAGAUGAGGACAAGCUGUACGAGGCUCUGAAGGCCAUGGGCAUCCAGAACCUGCAGCCCCAGAACAAGGGCUGGUACCUGAAGCAGCUGCAGGGCGAGAGGGAGAAUAAAGAGCAGGUGUCUCCUGGAGAACCUCUGACUAAAGAUGAGCUGCAGAGCGGGGUGGAUGUGUCCAACGAGGUUGCAGCAGGAUACCUGAAGAUGUUGAAGGCGGUGGAACGCAUCAACGGCGCCGUGAGAGCGGGCGUGCCGGAGAAGACGAUGGAGGAGCUGAUGAACCCAGACGCUCAGCUGCCCGAGGUUUACCCGAGCGCCGCGGAUCUCUACCAGAAGGAGCUGGCGUGUCUGCAGCAGCAAAGCCCUGAGGGCUCGCUGACGCACCCCGAGCUGCUUGUGGCCGUGGAGAUGCUGUCCGCGGUGGUGCUGAUGAACGAGGCCAUGGACGUCGGGGACCGGGCCGCCCUGUGGAGACAGCUGGCCAGCUCCGUCACCGGGCUCAGCAACGUGGAGGACGAGUACGCCCAGAGGUACAUGGAUGAGCUGAUGCGCAUGAAAGCUGCAGCCAAGGAGCAGGGAAUGAAAUAUCUGACGUGGAACGACAUCCAGGCCUCCAUCGACCAGGUCAACCUGGCCGUGCAGGAGGAGCAUGAACGAAUCGCUGCCAUUGGCCAGAUCAACGAGGCGCUGGACGAAGGGGACCCCAUGAAGACGCUGGACAUGCUGCAGAACCCGUCAGCCAAGCUCACAGAUGUGGACCCGUCCAUCGCCCAGCACUAUCACGAUAAGCUGCUGGAGGCCCGCAGGGAGAAGGCUCAUGAGACUGAGGAUCCCUCUGCUGUACUGUGGCUGGAUGAGAUCCAGAAUGCCAUCCUGAGGGCAAACCAAGACACAAAGGAGGCCUUAGAGUUCUCACAGUCCAUCCAGGCCAUAAACGAGGCCAUCGGUGCCGGAGACGCUGCUCAGACUCUGGCUGCGCUGCGCAGUCCUGGAGCUGGACUGUACGGCGUCACCUCUGAGUGCGCGCAGACCUACCAGGACGACCUGGCCAAGAUUAAAGAGGAGAAGAAGAACGAAGGUGAUAACGGCAGUGAGUGGGUCAAACACUGGGUGAAGGGAGGACACAACUACUACUACAACCUGCAGACCAAGGAGGGCACGUGGGUGGAGCCUGAGGGCUUCGUGCCAAACAACACCCACAUCAACAAGGAGGAGAUCCAGGGGGUUGUUUCUGGGGUGACUACAGCAUACAACCGGGAGCAGCUGUGGCUCGCCAAUGAGACUCUAAUCACAAAGCUUCAGGCUCGAUGUCGCGGCUACCUGGUGAGAAACGGCCUGAAGGAGCGGAUGAACUUCCUGAAGUCUCAGGGUCCGGCCGUGACGUGCAUCCAGGCUCACUGGAAAGGCCACAAGCAGAGGAAGGCGUUCAAAGAGCGCAAGCAGUACCUGAAGGAUCACACCGGAGAGGUGGUUAAGAUUCAGUCUAUGGUCCGAAUGCAUCAAGCUCGUAAGAAGUACAAAGAUCGGCUCAAGUACUUCCAGGAUCACAUCAACGAUGUGGUGAAGAUCCAGGCGUUCAUCAGAGCCAACAAGGCGAGGGAUGACUACAAGACUCUGACCAAUGCCGAAAACCCCCCAAUGGCGGUGGUGAGGAAGUUCGUCCACCUGCUGGACCACAGCGACCAGGACUUCCAGGAGGAGCUGGAGCUGAUGCGGCUGCGGGAGGAGGUGGUCACGAACAUCCGCUCCAACCAGCAGCUGGAGAACGACCUGAACGGGAUGGACAUCAAGAUCGGUCUGCUGGUGAAGAACAAGAUCACCCUGCAGGAGGUGGUGUCCCACAGCAAGAAGCUGAGCAAGAAGAAUAAGUCCCAGCUCUCUGACAUGAUGAUGAUGAACAAGCAGAGGGGAGGCCUGAAGGCUCUCAGCAAGGAGAAGAGAGUCAAGCUGGAGGCCUACCAGCAUCUCUUCUACCUUUUACAGACCAACCCGACAUACCUGGCCAAGCUGAUCUUCCAGAUGCCACAGAAUAAAUCUACAAAAUUCAUGGACUCCGUCAUCUUCACCUUGUAUAACUACGCCUCAAACCAGCGGGAGGAGUACCUGCUCCUGAAGCUCUUCAAAACGGCUCUGCAGGAGGAGAUCAAGUCAAAGGUGGACCAGAUGAAGGAGAUCAUCACAGGAAACCCAACCGUAAUCAAGAUGGUGGUGAGCUUCCACCGAGGCACGCGAGGACAGAAUGCACUGAGGCAGAUCCUGGCACCUGUGGUCAGGGAGAUCAUGGACGACAAAACGCUAAACAUCAAGACGGACCCAGUGGACAUCUACAAGAGCUGGGUGAACCAGAUGGAGAGCCAGACUGGAGAGGCCAGUAAGCUGCCUUAUGACGUCACUCCAGAACAAGCCAUGUCUCACGAAGAGGUGAGGACGAGACUGGAGGCCUCCAUCAAGAACAUGAGGACCAUCACUGACAGAUUUUUGUCUGCCAUCAUAGUCUCUGUGGAUAAAAUUCCAUACGGAAUGCGGUUCAUCUCCAAGGUGCUGAAGGACACUCUCCAAGAGAAGUUCCCAGAUUCUACAGAGGAUGAGCUGCUCAAGAUCAUAGGGAACCUUUUGUAUUACCGCUACAUGAACCCUGCCAUUGUGGCACCUGAUGCCUUCGACAUUAUUGAGGUGUCCGCUGGUGGUCAGCUUACAACCGAACAAAGAAGAAACCUGGGUUCUGUGGCCAAGAUGCUUCAGCACGCUGCGUCCAACAAGAUGUUCCUGGGAGACAACGCUCACCUUAAUCCCAUCAAUGAAUAUCUCACCACCUCCUACCAGAAGUUCAGGCGCUUCUUUCUGGCUGCAUGCGACGUUCCAUCACUUGAAGACAAAUUCAACGUGGACCAGUACUCGGACCUGGUCACAGUCACCAAACCUGUCAUCUACAUAUCUAUUGGAGAGAUCAUAAACACUCACACUCUGCUGCUGGACCACCAGGACGCCAUCGCUCCCGAGCACAAUGACCCCAUCCAUGAGCUGCUGGAGGACCUGGGCGAGGUUCCGACUGUGGAGUCGCUCAUUGGUGAAAAUCCUCUUCCUCCCGACGAUCCCAACAAAGACCAGAUGGGGAAGACGGAGGUUUCGCUCACGCUCAACAACAAGUUUGACGUUCCUGGUGAGGCCAACACAGAGAUGGACGCCAAGACCCUCCUGCUCAACACCAAGAGGCUAAUCGUGGACGUUAUCCGGUUCCAGCCCGGAGAGACUCUGACGGAGAUCCUGGAUUCAACGGCGUCUCCGGAGCAGGAAGCAGAUUACCAGCGUGCCAUGCAGAGGAGAGCUAUAAGGGACGCAAAGACCCCAGAGAAGAUGAAGCAGGUGAAGCCGGUGGUUGACGACAGCCUGACCCUGCAGGGGAAAAAGGACAAGAUCAAGAGCAACCUGCAGAGGCUGGCGGAGCUCGGCAAGGUCCACCCCGAGAACCGCUACCAGGACCUCAUCAACGACAUCGCCAAGGACAUCAGGAAUCAGAGGCGGUAUCGGCAGCGCAGGAAAGCCGAGCUGGUGAAGCUCCAGCAGACCAACUCGGCUCUGAAUUCAAAAACCAACUUCUACAACGUGCAGAUUGAUUCUUACAAUCAGUACAUCAAGACGUGCAUGGACAACCUGGCCAGCAAGGGCAAGUUGUCGAAGAAGCCAGGUGACAGCAAGGCCAAGAAGAGUAAGCAGGUUUCACAGAAAUACACCGCAGCUCGGCUCCAUGAAAAGGGAGUCCUGAUCUCCAUCGAUGACCUGCAGCCCAACCAAUACAAGAAUGCCAUUUUCGAGAUCUCUCCUUCUGAGACCGUCGGCGUGUUUGACGUAAAGGCCAAGUUCAUGGGCGUGCACUUGGAGACGUUACCGUUAGAAUAUCAGGAUCUCCUGCAGCUGCAGUAUGAAGGCGUGGCGGUGAUGAGGCUCUUCGACAAGGCCCUCGUAAACGUCAACCUGCUCAUCUUCCUGCUCAACAAGAAAUUUUAUGGAAAAUAAGAAGAAAAGAGGGGAGCAAAGAGCUACAGACACUGAAAUUAAACAACAGAACCUUCCGGGCUGCUUUAAAGCCCACUCUCUGCUGCACCUCCUAUUUCUGCCAAUGCAAAUUUCUCUGCAUUAUUAUUUUUUUUUUUUUAUAUUAAGUGCAUCUCCACAUGUGGUUUUUGUUGUCCAAGUUUUCCAUGCAUCUCAUUAUGUGUAGCUGCAGCAAAGUGAGCUUUGUAUUUUUUGCUUGAAUUAUUCUGAAUAUCUUGUGCAUGGGCUUUGAUUUAUUAUAAAGAUUCUUUUAUGUAAAGACAUUUGUUUUCCUUGUCAGCUGUCAGUUUACUUAUCAGUUGACAAUAAAGAUCCAAUAAGCAUCGAUAGAAAAGUACUGGGCAGCAUGUUUAAGUCCAGGUUUUUACUUCCUGAUUGCUCAUGUUUCUCUUAAGAUUAAUUUACCAUGAAAAUCGCAAUAUUAUGGGGAAAAAAACUGAUGAAUUUGAUUCUCCUCUUCUGUGCAAUCAGGUCUUUCACAUGAUUCUCGAAACCUGUCCGGGUCCAGAUUUCUGUUGCACCAAACUGCUCAGCUGGGCUCGUUUGUCAGCUUUCUCUGGUGCAUUAGAAUUAUUAUAUAUAUUUGAAUAUUUAUCCACUUUAUCCCCGUUUAUCUCCUACAACAGGUCCACGAUUGCUGCAGCGAAGACGUGUCUGCUGAUUUGCAAAGACUCGGUUGUGUUUUAAAUGGAUCUUUGAUUUCUUUUUCAUAUGUCCUCUUGGAAAUGCAUCCCAGUUGCCUUUAUUUAUAUUUUAUAUGUUGUCAGUUUCCAUUAAACGAUAGCUUAUGUUUGCAAAGCCUGAGACGGAUCUCUUGCAUGAUCUCAAGGAUGUGCAGUAUUACAUUAAAGGGCGGGGGUUGUUGAGCAGAUGGCGCUGUACACCAUCCGGUUUGUCUCGACUCGGACUCUGUGUGGACUCCAUUAUCUGGAUGUUAAGUUGUCCGUCUGUGUAAAGUUGCCUGAAGGCGAUGCUGAUCUGAACAGUGUGAGACUCGGUCCUGAUGCGGGCUGUGAUGUGUACUCCACCUGUUUUGGAAUAAAGCUCUUUCAAUGCA